CAGCGUUACGUCACAUGACUUCUGGUAACUGCUGAGGGAAACUGAAAGUUAAAAACGAAUGUUGUUGCUGUCAGUGGUGCAAACACGGUAACUUCGGUCUUCACUCGAGUGGAGACAUACAGCUUGUUUAUCCACGGAGAGGACGGAGAGCUUCUGAGCUAAAAUGACCGAAGAGAAAAGAUACGACCCCAGAGACACGACGCUGAAAUUCGUCAACAGACCCGAUGAUCUGGAUCCACUACCUCCAGAGGAAGGAGACCAGAGUCUCAGAGCACUGAUGUCCUGCGGCCAUGCCGUCACCCCGGAGACGCUCACUGGGUGGUGUCGCAGCCUGUUGGAUCAGGGCCAGUACAAAUUUAGGUGCCCAGCUCUAAAGGAUGGUACGCUACAAAAGUGUGAUGAAGCGUGGUCCUACCAAGAGGUGCGCAGGCUGGCAGUACUGACAAAAGAAGAGAGGGCGUACUUUGAAGAGAAUAUCGCUCGCCUUGCUGCCACAGAGUACUGCGAAUUGAAAACCUGUCCUGGUUGCAAAACCUGUGUGGAGAGAGAGGACCUGACCAACCUUAAUGUUCAGUGCACAAUCUGCACAACAGUAAAGAAGAAAGAGUACCAUUUCUGCUGGCAGUGUUUGAAGCCAUGGAAAGGUAGCGCUCCACGCUCUGACCGCUGCGACAACGAUGGAUGCAUCAAUCAUGACCUUGAACUUCUCAAGAACUGCAAGACUACCGCCCUCCCUCAGGUUGAGGGGGUCGAUGCCUGUCCCUCCAUCCGAGCCUGUCCCACCUGUGGUCAGAGGGUGGAGCACGACAGAACAGGCGACAAGAACGUCAUCUGUCCUCGCUGUCAGAAAGAGUUCUGCUUUGUGUGUCUGAAACUGACUCCCGAGUGCUUGAAGACAAGUUCUUACUUCAUCCCCUGCAGUGAUGGUGUGGCUCCCAGACAAACAUCAAUACCUGUGUGGCGCAGAAACUAAGACACAGCAUGCUCUCUGAGUCAUUACACAUUAUCCUUCUCUCAUGUUAGACUUUUUCUUUUAGAUUUCAUCCAGAGAUUUUCAUUGAGAGUAAAAAAGAAAAAACACCCCUUCCCUAUUGGUGUUCAAGUGUACCAUGUCAACCAAUCAAAACAUUAUAUGGCAACAUGUGGCAUUUGGAUGUUUAGGAAGAGGGGGGAAGAUUUAGUGACGUUUAGUGUGUUUGGAGGCUAUAGCUAGUGUGUAGUGUAGUCAUUGUUUUGUUUUGUGUGUCAGUUAUACUGCUGAAUGUCACAGUUGGUGUAAAAAAAGCCACCAAAGACGGACUGCAAUGUAAACCCUAGAAGCUAGAAAAUGGGAGGAGUAGGAGGCGUUCUCCUCUGUCUUAUAGUGGACAGAAAUAAUUUUUUGGAGUCGCAUUAAUAAUUUGUGUGCCUUCUUAUUUGAUACAGAACACCUGGUUAUUCUGUAAAUGGUUUUAAAUGGUUAUAUAUAGAAAACGCCUUGGCUGCAUUUUUAGGUAAAUAGUACCGUAUAACCUUGUUGUUUGCAAAACUUGUGCAUAAUUAUAAAAAAUGUACAAUUUCUAUUUGCAUUUCAAGUUAUGAAAAUGAUUCGUUAAACAUGUUUGUGGUUUUUACAGUAAAAAACACGUUGUUUUUUUUAAAAUUCGGAUUUUAUGUUUUAUGUCUGAAUUUAGAUCAAUUGUGUUAAUACAGUAUGUCAACGUGAAAAAAUAACUCUAAAUUCAGAUAUUUGAGGUUGUGCUGAAAAUAAUGAUACCAAACAAGGCAAGAUGAACAGUUUUUAAAGGUGAAAAAUAGAGAUAAAAUCAUGAGUAGUCAAAAACGGCCAAUUAUAGCCUGGACCCAAGAGGGUUAAAGUGGUUUUCUUUGAAUUAAUCUCUUUUUAAUAAUAGUCAUUAAUAAUAAAAUCACUCAAAGAUUACUUGUAAAUAAACAGAAUACACAUUUAGUGUCUGACACAAAUAAUUACAUGUAUAUAUUAUGUGUAAUUUAGUUUCAGCUGCUUUAGUGUAAAUGAAAUUAAUAUCAGGUGCACUAGAGGACCAAGAAAGAGGCACCCACUAAAGUAAGAAUGGUUCUACAGGUGAAGGCUGCUAAUAUUUGUCCCUCCUCAUCUUUUCUGACUGCUUUAAAAAAAAAAAAAAAAAAAAUCCCAUUAGUUUUCAUUUGGCUAGGGUCAGUGUUAGUGCUGGUAGCAUGAGGUGAUACCUGGACCCGACAGAGAUUGCUUAGACAGCCCAACUCCUCCAACAUGACAAAUAACUACAUGCCACUGCCAGAAGGUGUGCUGGGAGACAGCACAUUCUCAAGAGAAUGGAGGAAACUUCAGGAGCCAGGUAGUUACUCUAGGAGAGCUGAAGAGAGUUGUAGAAGGCCUUUAACCCAUCAGCACGACUGGUAUCUGCAAAGAGGAACAGGAUGUGUACUACCAGAGCUACAAAAUGACUUGCAGCAGUGGUGCGACUGUCAGACCAAACAAUCAGAAACGGAUUUCUUGCGGGUUGCCCGAGGACCUGACGCCCUUUAGUGGGUCCUGUGCUCACUGCCUGGCAUUGUGGAGUCUGGGUUUUGUCAUUAAAUACCAGAAUAUUUAGAGUAAAAUUUUCAAAAUAUUUCUGCCAGUAUGAUUUCAUCACAGAUGUACCCAUUCUUUCUGUUGUUCUAUCUUCACUAGCUGACUGACACUCUUGUUUAUGCUUAGAAAAAUUAUGGGAGUCAGAUUAAAGUAAUGAUAUGCACUAUUUUCUCUUUUGUCCCAUUUAUGUUUUAAUAAGCAAGCAAAGUUUGUUUAAUGUAAUUUGUAUUGACCUUACUUUUAUGUAACCAUGUUAAGUUUAUCCUGAAUAAUUUUUCUCCAGCUCAGCCCAUUUUUUUUUUC